UAGCGGACUGCUGUUUCAUGUGUGAAAAAUGAUCAUGAAUAAUGGACAUUACAUAAAUAACAAGAACGAUGACAGUUGUUUGGUUAGUUUUGAAAAAGGUUGAAAUUGACGAGGACCGUUCCCGAGACAUCAUUUGGAAGCGCAAGUUUUAUCUGAAGUAUAACCCAAUCAGUCGAGGGUAAUGCGAGUCUCCCUCGACGAGCGUUGUUUAUUUUUAAUACCCGUUGCUCUUGACAUCUCUUUAAAAUUAUGAACCUGGGUGUUGUGUAGGAUAAGAAUGGGAAUAACGAAGUGUAUGAGAAUAGCAGUGCUUAGAAGAAUUAGAGUAAGGACAUACAUCUACUUUCGGCACGUCUGCCAGGGAUGUCAUUGACAUCUACAGGGUCCUGGAGCUGCAUGCAGCAUUGGGAGGCGCCCCUGGGCUGCUGGUAGCCACACCGUCUUGUUGUCAGGCUAGCCCCCUAUCAACGAGACAUAAAACUUUACUGGCUAACGAAAAAGAUCAAGAACAGUGCAUCAACGCACGUAAAACCACGUUCUUCGGUGGAUGGAAUGUACGAUCGUGCUUUCGAAUGGCGAAGAAACAGCCCAUUAUCAAACAACUGCAAAGACACCGCAUGCAAGUGGCUGCUCUGAGCGAAACGGCCAUCUACUACACAGGUGUAUCAACAGUGGGUGAAUACACAAUGGUUCAUUCAGGUCUUACCAGGGAGAACAGGACAAGAUCCGCACAUGGAGUGGUCAUCUGUCUUGGUAAAGAAGCAACGAUGGCGUGGAAAAACAUCGGUGCCUUUUGGAAAGCAGUCAACGAACGAAUCGUCAUGGUGCGACUACAGGGAACGCCCAUAAAUGUCACGAUCAUCACCGUAUAUUCUCCAGUCAAUCCCAACGGUAACAAAACCGCUGCUACAGCAUCAGACAAAUUCUAUAACGAUCUACAGCAGACGUUAAGUACGGUCCCCUCAAAAGACCUCUUAUUGAUCACGGGUGACUUCAACGCGAGAAUUGGAAAACAACAGAACUACACCAGUAAUAAUGUGGUUGGCCCACAUACAACCGAUCACAUCAAUGAAAAUGGGCAACGACUGGUGGACUUUUGUGCAGCAAACGACCUCAUCAUUACCAAUACAUUCUUCCAGUACAGAUCCAUACAUCAAACCACCUGGAUGCAUCCUGGGAACAAGAAAUGGCACACACUCGAUUAUACUCUCGUCAAUCGUAAGUUCAGAUCGAGCGUUGAGGAUGUGCGCGUGCACAGGGCGGCUACAGGUACGAUAGGAACGGGCCAUCACCUACUCGUGACCAAGCUCAAACUCCACCGGGAAAGCCGCAGAAAACGACAAAAACAACGAUGUGGUCGUCUGGAUAGAAAAAAGCUGGAAAAUGGUGCCUGUAUCGAAGCUUUCCAGGCCGAACUCAUGAAUUGUCCAUCAACAAAGGGCCCAAAUAACGUGACAAUCAAUGCGAGAUACUCGGAAUUUACAACGCAUAUUAACAACAUUGGCCAAAACAUCUUCAAAUUGGACGACAAUAACCGAAAACAGAAGGAAUGGCUGACCGAUGAAAUAUUGGAAAUCGUCGACAUGAAAGUCAAAGCUUUCCUUGAAUGGCAAAAUCGUCGUGGUACCAAUCAAGAGCGUCGAUACCGAAGCAAAUACCGCCUCCUGCGCAACAAGGCAAAAAAGCGCAUUGAAGCACGUCAGAUCGAAUAUUUGGACGAAACCAGCAUCGAGAUUGAAUCAGCAAUCAAGCAGCAUGAUCCAGCAACGACCUAUGCGAUGAUACGGCGAAUAAAAGGAGGUCGAACCAAUAUCGAAAACCUGCCUAUCCUCGAUCUGCAAGGAAAAAGCAUUCUGAACUCGCAGGAACGACUACAGCGUUGGAAAGACCACUUCAGCGAUCUGCUAAAUGUACCAUCCCACGUCAAUCAGUCCAUUUUGGAUCAAAUACCUAUACCAGUGAUCUCCUCUGUAGAACAGAGGCGCCAAGAAAAGCCACCUUCCUUGGAUGAAGUGCAUCAAGCAAUUGGACAAAUGAAAAGCUGGAAAGCACCUGGAAAUGACGAUGUCUCUGCUGACCUGCUCAAGGCCGGUGUAACACCAGUGGCACUAUGGCUUCAUGAGAUAUUCAUGGAUAUCUGGCAAUCCGAAGAAAUGGUGGAUGAUUGGACAUCUGCGAUCCUGAUUCGCCUCUACAAGGGCAAAGGAGACAAACAGAUAUGCGACAACUACAGAGAAAUCUCACUACUCGUUGUCGCAAGCGAAGUGUUUUCACGAAUCAUUCUCAAUCGUGUACAGAACCAUCUGGACGAACAACUCUUAGAAGAACAAGCCGGUUUUCGCUCGAACCGCUCAACUAUCGACCAAAUUUUCACACUGAAAAUGAUCAUGGAGAAAUCCCGCGAGUGCAACAGACCACUCUCCAUGUGUUUUGUGGAUAUACAGAAAGCGUAUGACUCAGUCAAUCGCGAUCUUUUAUGGGAAAUCUGCAAGCACUACGGCCUUCCACCAAAAACUGACCGCCUGAUCCAGCUCCUGUACAAAGAUACAACAGCAGGAGUGAGAAUCAACGACGAGCUAUCAGAUAGCUUCAACAUUGACACAGGCGUCCAACAGGGCGGUAUUCCAUCAUGCAUACUUUUCAACAUCCUCUUUGAUUUCAUUAUGCGUCGUGUUAUUGUCACUGCAAAACAGAUGGGGAUCACCGGAAUUCAACUGGCGUAUGGUAGCAACGACUUUCACCACACCGACCACGACAAAUACGAAGAGUUUGACCUCCUGGCUCUGAUGUAUGCGGACGACCUCGUUACAAUGUGCGACAUCAUGGCUGAUCUCGAAAUAUUCAUUCGUAUAUUUCAGCAGGUCACUCAACAGUUUGGUCUCACAAUGCGCAUUAAAAAGACACGUGUGAUGUCUCUGAAACAGCUCCGUGAAGACGCAACGCGAAGGCUCAUCAAGGAUCAGGAAGUCCCAGCCAACAAUUUUCCAAUUAUCAUCCGAAAUCAAACCAUCGAAAUCGUCGAAGAGUUCUCCUAUCUUGGAUUUCGCGUCAAUCGUGAACAAACAAUGGAAGAGGAAAUAGAAACACGAUUGUCCAAGGCAUCAACUGCGUUCAAUAUGCUGCGUCAUGCUAUCUGGUAUAGAAAGGUAAUAUCGAUCGAAGCCAAGCUCAGAAUUUUUCGUGCUUGUGUUCUUCCCGUCCUCCUUUAUGGCAGUGAAAUGCCUUCGAACGAUCAUUGGUGUAAACCUCGGCGACCGAAUGUCCAACGACAUACUUCUUCAACUGACAGGACNCUUCAUGAGAUAUUCAUGGAUAUCUGGCAAUCCGAAGAAAUGGUGGAUGAUUGGACAUCUGCGAUCCUGAUUCGCCUCUACAAGGGCAAAGGAGACAAACAGAUAUGCGACAACUACAGAGGAAUCUCACUGCUCGUUGUCGCAAGCAAAGUGUUUUCACGAAUCAUUCUCAAUCGUGUACAGAACCAUCUGGACGAACAACUCUUAGAAGAACAAGCCGGUUUUCGCUCGAACCGCUCAACGAUCGACCAAAUUUUCACACUGAAAAUGAUCAUGGAGAAAUCCCGCGAGUACAACAGACCACUCUUCAUGUGCUUUGUGGAUAUACAGAAAGCGUAUGACUCAGUCAAUCGCGAUCUUUUAUGGCAAAUCUGCAGGCACUACGGCCUUGCACCAAAAAUUGUCCGCCUGAUCCAGCUCCUGUACAAAGAUACAACAGCACGAGUGAAAGUCAACGACGAGCUAUCAGAUAGCUUCCACAUUGACACAGGCGUCCAACAGGGCGGUAUUCCAUCAUGCAUACUUUUCAACAUCCUCUUUGAUUUCAUUAUGCGUCGUGUUAUUGUCACUGCAAAACAGAUGGGCGUCACCGGAAUUCAACUGGCGUAUGGCAGCAACGACUUUCACCACACCGACCACGACAAAUACGAAGAGUUUGACCUCCUGGCUCUAAUGUACGCGGGCGACCUCGUUACAAUGUGCGACAACAUGACUGAUCUCGAAAUAUUCAUUCGUACAUUUGAGCAGGUCACUCAACAGUUUGGUCUCACAAUGAGCAUUAAAAAGACACGUGUGAUGUCUCUGAAACAGCUCCGAGAAGACGCAACGCGAAGGCUCAUCAAGGAUCAGGAAGUGCCAGCCAACAAUUUUCCAAUUAUCAUCCGAAAUCAAACCAUCGAAAUCGUCGAAGAGUUCUCCUAUCUUGGAUUUCGCGUCAAUCGUGAACAAACAAUGGAAGAGGAAAUAGAAACACGACUGUCCAAGGCAUCAACUGCGUUCAAUAUGCUGCGUCAUGCUAUCUGGUAUAGAAAGGUAAUAUCGAUCGAAGCCAAGCUCAGAAUUUUUCGUGCUUGUGUCCUUCCCGUCCUCCUUUGUGGCAGUGAAGCGUGGACAACAACGACACGUCAGAAACAAAGACUAAACACUUUCUAUUUUAGAUGCCUUCGAACGAUCAUUGGUGUAAACCUCGGCGACCGAAUGUCCAACGACAUACUUCUUCAACUGACAGGACAACUGCAACUUGAAGAGAUCCUCAGAAGAAAUCGGCUACGAUGGUUUGGUCAUGUCAAUCGGAUGACGGAUGUUCAUGGUAAGCCAUCCAUUACAAAGAAAGUGAUGUUUUCCUACUUUUCAGACAGCAAACGUCCUCGAUGUUCAGGCGUACGGAAACGACAGGAAGACAAGAUACGCGAUGAUCUUAACUGUUGUGAAGUUCGUAACUGGCGACGACAGACUCUCGACCGUAACAAAUGGCGAGAAAUCAUCAACAAGAAGGCGCAAUCGAUGGCACCAAGACCGAACAUCAAAGAAAUCGUGCGACAAUAUAAAGAGAGAGCAGAACAGCGCAGAAUGAUCAUCCGAGAUGAACCAGCGCGCAAGGUGACCGAAGCGCUGACACGAACCGCAAACAACAGCUACAAGUGUCCAGAAUGCAAGAAGCUGCUCAAGCCACAAGGAAUAACCGACCACAUGAGGCGCUGCGCCUUGAUGUGGUGCAGGAAGAAUAACAUUAUCGGACGCUAA